AAAUCUGAUGCGGGCGGUGGACCAGAAACCAGAAUAUCACUUGGAGUGGCCUUAUGAUAAAUGUGACAGUGAAAACUGUAUAGGGUUCUCAGUUAUUUGGACCUCAUAAUAUGGACAACUGUAGUGUUGAGUUUAAACCUUUGACUGAUGAAGAAACCAAUCACACCAAUAGAGAUCGUAGUGAAGAGUUCAAAAUUAUUGAAGAGGUAAUUAUCGAAGGUGAGGAUAAUAUGUUGGACGAUGUUCGAGAAUGGCUAAGUCGCACCAAAGAAGCUGUCACAUUAGCCAACGAAAAAGGAGCGACUGCACUGCAUCUCGCAGCGUCUAGCUUUAGGAUUGAAGUUGCAAAACUGCUGUUGGAGAAUGGUGCAGAUCAUAGAAUGGUUGACCAGGAAGAGAAAACAGUGCUACACUAUCUAUGUGCACUUCCCAGUGUGAAAAACAUCACUGCGUUUUUCAAAUUGCUCCAGGAGAAGAUUGAUGUUAAUGAUGUUAAGGCCGGUGAUGAUGAAAACAUGACGUCACUUCAUUUUGCUGCUGAGAAUGGUCAUUUGGAGGUUGUCAUUGAGCUUUUGAAAAUGGAGGCUGACAUGAAAGCUCGUGAUGAUAUUGGAGACACACCUGUCCACAAGGCCGCAGAGGCAGGACAGACCAAAGUUCUGAAAGUGUUCUUCAAGAAGGAUGCCUCAUGUGCCACACUUUCUGGCUACAAUGAUGAGACCCCAUUGCAUAAUGCUGUGUAUGGGGGACACAUAGAAACCAUCAAGUUUAUCCUAGAGCACAAACCCAAUGUCAAUACCAGGUCCACUAAUGAUGAAACUCCUCUCCAUUUGGCAGCGAUUGAAGGGAGCAUUGAAAUUGCCCAGCUUCUUCUCGAUGAAGGUGCUGAGGUCAACCCUCCUUCCAACAAGAAAUUUACAAAAUCUCCCUUCCACAAGGCUGCUUUCUACGGUCAAACAAAGUUGGCAAUCUUUCUUCUGGAGAAGAAUGCUGAUGUCAGCAAUGCAGCAUUCAGAGAUGUCAUCUCCGAGGGCUAUGAGACCAUUGCUAAGGCAAUCAUUGAAAAGCACCAGUGGCCACUCGCUCUUCGUGGGAGAUACAAACGCCGGGGAAAGUAUACGACAGCUUUGAGGGAACUGAUUGUGAAAAUGCCAGCUGUUGCAGAGCAAGUGCUAGAUCACUGUAUCGUUGAAAGUGCUGACAACAAUGUUCAUGAAGACACUAACUACAGCGUUGUUUACAACUAUGAGUUCCUCGAAGAUGUUCACGAGGGCUCUGGCUCUACAGAAGUCUCAGAGGUGAGGACAAAGAAUAUAGUGAAAUCUGACGAAGCAGAUAGUGGGGGGAAGAAAAAGAAGACACAUAAUACUCAUGGUUGCAGCUAUGAAGAAAUUUGUGGCAGAGACUCUCCUCCCACUUGGGGUCCUUCUGCAUUCAGCAAGGAAAAACAUCCUCUGCAAAUCAUGGUAGAUCGAAAAGAGUUAAAACUGUUGAAACAUCCAGUUGUCGGCUCUCUACUUCAUUACAAGUGGAAUAAAUUUGGGUUGAUUGGGUACAUUGUCAAUCUACUGACCUACGCCGUGUUCCUAUCUCUGCUCACUGCUUUUGCCCUGCUAGUACCCAACCCACAGUCUCCUCAGUGUGUGAACAGCACAGUGCUUACAGAAAAUGGAACAUUGGUCUACUGUCCAUUAAGUAUUAACAGCACAGUGCUUACAGAAAAUGGAACAUUGGUCUCCUGUCCAUCUACUACAGAUGAGUUAAAGGCAUUUAUCAUUGCAUCAUCGGCUAUUGUACUGCUCUUGGCUUUAGCUCGGUUUUUCUUUGAGAUAAUCCAGCUCUACACCAAAAGAUUGUCUUACCUUACUGACUGGAUUAACUGGGUAGAAGUCAUUCAAUAUGUCACUACAAUAGUAUUUGUGGUGGUGUAUAAUACGGACAAUUUCUGUGUCUUGAACUGGCAGUGGCAAAUUGGAGUGAUUUCCAUAUUCCUUGGGUGGAUUAAUCUCAUCGUGUUUUUUUCAAAGCUACCGUUUGUAGGGAUUUACGUUCUCAUUUUGAUUAAAAUUUCCAUUACCUUCUUCAAGAUGCUGCUCUUGACCAUGCUGUUGAUAGUGUCCUUUGGGAUACCAUUCUUCAUGGUUUUCUUUGACGCGAAUGCCAUUCGUUCUCCAUUUUCGGAUGUUCCCCGAUCGUUGCUGAAAGUGAUGACCAUGACAACUGGUGAGCUGGACUAUGACACAAUUUUUCGUCUGGACCCGUCUGGUGGAAGUGAUGAUGCAGAAGAAAUACGUUUCCCUCCGAUUUCAUUUAUUCUCUGGAUCAUGUUCAUCAUACUAAUGCCAAUUAUCCUUACCAACAUGUUGACUAGUUUAGCAGUCGGUGACACUGAGGAAGUUCAGAAGGAAGCACAACUGCAAAAGCUUGCACUACAGGUUGAUCAAGCAUUGUCGAUGGAAGAACUGGUAGUUAUUUUUCAGAAAUGGUUCAAGUGUUGUGUGCCUAAAGGUUGGAAGCGGACUAAGCCAUGGCGAAAAAUAUUUCCAAAUAAAGAAUGCAGCACAAUUAAGAAACUUGGAUUCACAUUGUGGGAAGGAGAGCGUUAUGAUGAUAUUCAAGCCAUUACUCGUGUUCUGUCCCCUCCUGAGAAUGCAAACAAAGAAGUGCUGGAUAUAGUUGACACACUAAAUGAGAAUGUAUCUAAAAUUGAAACUUCACUUCAGGAAUUCAAGAUAUCUGUGAAGGAAAAUGAUGAUAAAAUACGCAGUAUGGAUAAUACUCUCAAGUUACUUUUGGAAAAAGUUGGAGAGGAGAAAGUUGGAAGCAGGAGGAAUCGUUUUAAUACGAUUUAACUGUCGAAAUUUGUUAGAUCUAUUAUAUAGGGAUUUUGCUUAUUAAUUGCUGUAUAAUUAAUUAUCAGGUGCAUUUAUUAUUAAUUUUGUUUCUACUCCACAAUAAUGUAUAAUAAUUAUUAUUAUUAUGUUGAA